CUCCUCAGCUUAUAUAUAUACUCCUUUUCAUAACAAUGUAGCUACUAUAUGCUCUGAAUCAUGGCCUUUUCACCAUUCCUUGUACUCAUCACAUUCCUUUUCCUCCUAACAUCAUCACUAUCACUAUCUUCCCCACCAUUAAAAAUCCAUCUUACACACCUUCAUUCCUCUCAAAACUACUCAAAACUCCAGCUCCUCCAACAUGCACUUGCACGUAGCAAAGCCCGCGUGGAAAGGCUGUCGAUGAUGGCCACCAUGCAGUCCCCUGUUUUUUCCGGCCAGGGGGAGUUCUUGAUGAACAUUUCUAUUGGCACGCCACCUAAGCCAUUCUCUGCUAUACUUGACACAGGCAGUGAUCUCAUAUGGACACAGUGUAGUCCAUGCACCAAGUGUUUUGAUCAGCCUACUCCAGUUUUCGACCCGAAAAACUCCUCUUCCUACUCUGCCAUUCCUUGUUCUAGUCAAUUAUGCAAGGACAUGAACAUUUUUAGGUGUGAUAAUGGAUGCAAGUAUCUCUACACUUAUGGUGAUCAGUCAUCUUCACAAGGCUACAUGGCUAUGGAGACUUUUACUUUUCUUGAUUCGACGAAUAGCAAACCCAUGUCUGUCCCUAAUAUAGGGUUUGGAUGUGGUGUCAACAAUCAAGGAUCAGGGUUCGGACAGGGCUCGGGUUUGGUUGGAUUAGGCCGCGGUCCAUUGUCACUCAUUUCACAAUUAGGGUUCAAAAAAUUUUCAUACUGUUUGACUUCAAUUGGUGAUAACAAAACAAGUAGCCUUCUUUUGGGGUCUCUGGCUGAUUUCAACUAUUCAACUAGCAGCAGUUAUGCAAAAUGGACUCCUCUGAUACAGAGUUCCUAUCAGCCUACUUUCUAUUAUCUUGAUCUGCAGGGAAUUAGUGUUGGAGAGACCCUGUUGCCUAUAUCAGAUUCUUUGUUCAAGUUGCGAGAAGAUGGUAGUGGGGGGAUGAUAAUCGAUUCUGGGACUACUAUAAGUUAUAUCCAAGAAGAUGCAUUUGAGAUGCUCAAGAAAGAGUUUAGUUCACAAAUGAUGCUCAGGGUCACGAAAUCAGAUUCUGGUGGGCUUGAUCUGUGUUUCGAUUUGCCAACGAAUGAUAUAUCUGAGAUUAAGGUUCCCAAACUCAAGUUUCAUUUUAAAGGUGUGGAUUUGGAGUUGCCGGUUGAGAAUUAUAUGAUUGCUGAUAUCAAUAUGGGACUGGUGUGCUUAGGAAUGGCAGCUUCAAAUUCGAUGUCUAUACUGGGAAAUGUGCAGCAGCAGAAUUUCUUGGUUCUUCAUGAUCUUGAGACUGAGAGCUUAUCAUUUGUUCCAACUCAGUGUGAUCAGUUGUAAUAACUUAUUUAAAUAAGCUUCCACUGUAGUAAUGUUACUCUUAAAUAAGGACAUGCAAGUGUCUUUCUAAAUAUGAAGCAA